UGGUACUCCUGCUAGAUAGGGAAGAAACUGGGAACAGAAAGUGGCAGCAUCUGGUUGCCUCGCUGAUGAGCAUCUCAAGCCUUAGUUCCCCUGACAUCCGGUGAUGUACUUCAGCCGCCCGUGGGAAUCUGGCCCCAGCAAAACCUUGUGUCAGCGUGAGGGAGAGUGCUGAAUUGCUUGUGUAAUGAGUUUAUGAAGCCAAAACCAUUUGAUACUAAAGAGGGGGAAAACGGGCGCCCAACAAGGAAGCAUUUCAGAAAUAAUCAGUGAACCUGUUGCAACACCAUGCUGGCUGCAAGGUUUGCAUGUCUCCGGACCCUGGCCCUGCCUUCCAGGACUUUCUACCCAACACUCAACCAGACCUCUCCUGUUCUGAGGAAUUCCUUUGUGAAGACAAAUCAAUGGCUCAUGCAGUCCAACAGAGGCUAUGCCACCAAAUCAAGAUUUGGGGUCCGUCGUGGGAAAACUGGCCAAGAAAUUAAGGAAGCAGCAUUUGAACCAUCAGCAGAAAGAGUAUUUAAAAUUGAUCAGAUGGGAAGAUGGUUUGUUGCUGGAGGAGCCGCUGUUGGUCUUGGAGCACUCUGCUACUAUGGCUUGGGAAUGUCAGAUGAGAUUGGGGCGAUUGAAAAGGCAGUAAUUUGGCCACAGUAUGUGAAGGAUAGAAUUCAUGCCACCUAUAUGUAUUUCGCAGGAAGUGUUGGUUUAACAGCAUUGUCUGCCAUAGCAGUUAGCCGAUCACCUGCUUUAAUGAACUUUAUGUUGAGGGGCUCCUGGAUGACAAUUGGAGCAACUUUUGUAGCCAUGAUUGGAGCUGGAAUGCUGGUUCAGUCAAUAUCAUAUGAACAGAGUCCAGGUUCAAAACAUCUUGCUUGGAUGUUGCAUUCUGGUGUCAUGGGUGCAGUGGUGGCCCCUCUGACUUUGUUGGGUGGCCCUCUGAUCCUCAAAGCUCUUUGGUAUACAGCAGGCAUUGUGGGCGGCCUCUCUACUGUAGCCAUGUGUGCUCCUAGUGAAAAAUUUCUAAACAUGGGAGCACCACUGGGAGUGGGCCUGGGUGUUGUUUUUGUUUCUUCUCUGGGAUCUAUGUUUCUGCCACCUACCACCCCACUUGGUGCUGGUCUUUAUUCUGUGGCAAUUUAUGGUGGAUUAGUUCUUUUUAGCAUAUUCCUUAUACGUGAUACCCAAAAAGUCAUCCGGUGGGCAGAAGUAGUGCCAAUGUAUGGCACAGAAAGAUAUGACCCUAUUAAUUUGAUGAUGGGAAUCUACAUGGAUACACUGAAUAUCUUUAUGCGAGUAGCCACCAUGCUAGCAACUGGGAGCAACAGGAAGAAAUGAACUGAUUACAUUUUUGAACCAUCCAAAUCUUGCUUGUGUUCUUGGUGUGUAUACUAUUAAAUCAUUUCUUGUACAAGCAGCUUUGGUUGAAGUCAGAAGUUCAGAGCCACUUCAGCAUAGUUGUUGUUCCCAUACAGUGUGAUGCUUCAACUUCUACCUCCUCUUGAGAAUAAAUUCAGCACUUCUCUUGCAAAUAAGCAUAUAAACUUUCCAGUUUUCAUCUUUGAGUGAUUGCUAACGGAAAAGGAUUACACUUUAUUUCAACAUUCUGUUAGUUGUCCAUAUGUUUGCUCAGUUCAUUGAUAUUAUUUAAUAAUUUAUUAUCACCAUUCAAAAAGGAAUUGUGUGUACAAAAGAGACUUCCAGGAUUAAUGUAGAGAACCUGUCUCUAGUUUUAGAUGCCGCUGUAAGUGUUAAAUAAUUGCUACUUGCUAACUGGCAAUGGAUAGGGUUUAUCAGGUAUAGUUAUUACUGUCUUUAACAUAAUUAGCCCUCACCUGAUAUUGAGUGUCGUUGUGGCAUUUUUGGAAUACCAAUAUAAUACUCAUAUUUCAAGAAUAAGGAAGGUACCUUUACAAUCCAUCCAGGUCUCAAAAUGUUAACCUUCUCCAAGUAUUUAUCAUGGUUUAUUUUUGUAAGUCCUGUUUUUGAAUCAUCUAGAACUAUUUAUUUGAAAUAAUUUCACUUUAAACUUAAAGCUUUAAAAGUAACAAAUUGGUGUUGCCUAUCCUAUCCUUGCCAGUAAGUGUAUUGAUACAUAUAGAUGUAGCUUAUUCAACUUAAAUCAAAGAUUAUGACUUGUCUUUGUCUUUUUAUUUUUUAAAAAGAUUGUUUGUCAUUUAGGAUAUGGAAUCAUUUUCCUUUCCUGCACUAUCAGAAAUGAAUGUUAUUGCAUCCCUUCCACUAAAUGCUAAAAUUAGAGACCAAAUUAGUUCUCUCUUUGUAAAAUAUUGUUUUUAAUUAAUGUUAAUUUUUCCACAGAUUUUCCUUCUCAGUCCAUUAUUUAUUUAGAAACAACUUCCUUGUAAGUAAAGCUUGUAAAUUUAUGACACAGAGUAAAUUAUUUUUGGAAGUUUUUUUAAUGAAUUGAAAUUGAGUUUGUAAAAUUAUUGCAAUUAUAUAAUUGCUAUUUCUGGCAAGAUGUGUUUAUCACCCACUAUCCAGAAAUAGCUAAUCUUGUCCAUUGGAGAGAGAUGGUGUGCUUAUUUUAACUGAAAUAAUAAAGAUGUAGCUUGAUAGUU